AUGCCUGCUAAUUACCGCAACUUCCGAAAAAACGUGCCGUGCCUCAUCCUUCUUCUGGAAGCUGUUUUCAUCGGCCUUAUAUUUUUUUUCUCCGACGAUGGUGCAUCCAGAUCAGACCUCUCCUACCCAGCUUUUCAAGAUGUCAACCACAUGGUCAUUUUUGGAUUUGGCUUCUUCCUGACCUUCCUGAAAAGAUACGGGUUUAGCAGCAUUGGAUUCAACCUCCUGAUCGUUGGACUUGGUGUCCAAUGCUCCGUGCUGAUUGAAGGUUUAGAAGCUUUACUUCUUCAAAGGGCAAAGGAAGAUGGUCUGAAAAGAAUAACAAGGGCUGCUGUGAGCAUGACUGCUGUGGUCAUCUCCACUGGAGCUGUUCUUGGGAAGACUAAUUCUAUGCAAUUAAUUCUGAUGACAGUUGUGGAGAUAAUAGUUUUCUGCCUGAGCAGAAGUCUCAACACCACAUUCCUGCAGAUUGCAGACGAUGUCAGCAUGAUGCAUGUGCACCUGUUUGGAGCCUACUUUGGUCUGGCAGUCGCCUCGCGCUUCUCUGAGCCAUCACCGAAGUCUGAGAAGAACACGAGUACCGUGAAGUCGGAUUUAUGGUCAAUGCUGGGCACUCUCUUCCUCUGGGUGUUCUGGCCAAGCUUCAAUUCUAUACUCGUGGAGAACAGGAGGAAAGCCAUCUACAACACCUACUUCGCCCUUGCAGCGAGUGCUGUAACUGCCUUCAUGCUGUCUGUUCUGACCACAAAGGAUGGGAAAUUCAGAAUGACUCAUAUCCACAGUGCAGUACUAGCUGGUGGGGUCACUGUUGGUUAUGCAGCACAGAGCAUCGACUAUCCUUGGAUUGCAAUGAUUUUGGGUCUGCUUGCCAGUGUGAUAACCAUAUUAGGAUCUUACUGUUUACAGAGGUGCUUGAAUCCUGCUCUCAAGAUUCAUGAUUCCUCUGGAGUUCAUUUCACUUUUGGCUUGCCUGCUGUGCUUGGAGCUCUUGCCCAGAUCAUUCUGUUAAUAAUAAAAAACUGGACUGAUUUAUCAAGUCUGGGUUAUUUGGUCAUGACUAACGUUGGUGCCUUCUGCCUGACCGUCAGUGUUGCUGUGACAACAGGUUUUUUUACAGGUUCCAUCUUAAACCUCAAAGUGUUCAAGACCACCCCUGUAUCAAAGUACUUCGAUGACCAGUUUUAUUGCGAGUUUCCCCAUUUGGCUGUUGGAUUUUGA